GUAACUGGAGGCUCCAGUGGAAUUGGAAAAUGCAUUGCUAUUGAAUGUUAUAAGCAAGGUGCUUUCAUAACACUGAUUGCAAGGGAUGAGAACAAGCUGCUGCAGACAAAGAAGGAAAUAGAAAAGUAUUCUGUUAAUGACAAGCAGGUCGUACUGUGUAUUUCUGUUGACGUAUCUAAAGACUACGAACAGGUGGAGAAUGUUCUGAAACAGGCUCAGGAGAAGCUGGGGCCAGUUGACAUGCUUGUAAACUGUGCGGGAACAUCAGUUACAGGAAAAUUUGAGGAUAUUGAAAUGAAUGCUUUUGAAAGAUUGAUGGCAGUCAAUUAUCUGGGGAGUGUUUACCCGAGCCGAGCAGUCAUCGCCACCAUGAAGGAGCGAAGAAUGGGAAGGAUUGUGUUUGUGUCAUCUCAGGCUGGGCAGUUGGGCCUCUUUGGUUACACAGCUUAUUCUGCAACGAAGUUUGCUCUUCGAGGCUUGGCUGAAGCCCUGCAAAUGGAGGUAAAACCUUAUAACGUCUACGUAACGGUGGCUUAUCCUCCAGAUACUGACACACCUGGCUUUGCGGAAGAAAGUAAAACAAAGCCCUUAGAGACGAAGCUAAUUUCUGAAACCUCAUCUGUUUGCCAAGCAGAACAAGUCGCCAGAGUUAUAGUCAAAGAUGCCAUACAAGGGAACUUUAACAGCUCAGUUGGAUCAGAUGGUUACAUGCUAUCAAUAUUGACCAGUGGAAUGUCACCAGUCACUUCUAUUACUGAAGGUCUUCAGCAGGUUGUUUGCAUGGGCAUUUUUCGCAUCGUUGGCCUAUUUUACCUAGGAAGUUUUGACAGCAUAGUUCGUCGCUGCAUGAUGCAAAGGGAAAAAUCUGAAAGUGCAGAUAAAACUGAGUAAUCUUUACUUUGAACUGAAAGAAGAAUGUCAAACAGUCCUGGACAGCUUGCUGCUCAAGUGGGGACUCAGUUUUUUCUCCUGAAGGAUUUAGACUGGAAGUACUUGGCGUAUGUGACAGAUGAGUCCCCUUAAAAGCUAUGAAAGAAAACAAAAGUACAACUCCAGAACGUGCCAAACUAUGCAAAGGUGUGAAUGAGGAUUAGAUGGGGGUUUUUUUGGUGGUUUGAGUUGGAGAGAAUUUAGGGAAUUUGUAAGUGAUGUGCAGAGUCGAGUUGGAGAAUGGACUACGUGUGGUAAUUCUGGACAAAUGCUUAAGUUUUCUCACUUUGGUGCUUAUGGACAGAACAAGUACCGUGACAGACUGGGCUGAAGUAGAUUGAAGUCCCCUGAACAAGU